AUGAAAAAUUCCUGCAAAACAGAAGACGAUUCAAGCCCAAACAACAAGAAGAAGGCCCCCCAAAAUGCCGUCCCGAACUUCCCUCUCGCGGGGAUGUCAACCCAUAUCUGGACCGAUGCAGAGCAGAGAGAACUACUACAAGCCGUUCUGCAAGAGCAGCUGUUCGAAUCACAGGUCUACGGGAACAUUUCCAGCCAAGGUUGGACCCACGUAACCGAGCGAAUGAAGAAUAAAUUUGGCCGCGACUUUCACCCCGGGGGUUUGAGAAAUCAACUCCAUCACCUGCGUGAGACCUAUCUCGACAUCAAGUUUUUACAGCAUCGAUUCGGAUUUAGAUGGGACGAGAAAAGCUGUAUGAUUAACGCUGCCCCUACUACCUGGCUCCAACUCAUGAAGGAAAAUCCAUUCAAGAGUUAUUCUGAGCUCCGCAACCGACCAGGUCCGAUCGGGUGGUACCCUCUUACUCAACGGCUAUUCGGCGCAGGAUCUCUAAGCAACAGAAACCCUUUUCCUUAUUUGCCUUUCAAUGAGAACAAGAGGGAGGACAUUCCGAACAAUCCUGCCCACUCGGCGAUUCAUAGUGGUUUUGCAAACCCCCCUAUGCCUCUCGUCAGCAAGAGAAAAAAUGAAACAAAUUCGUCGGAUGAUCGCAACGCUCGCACCCACGUGGAUCCCAUAUUUUCAUCAGCCUCUCGGGCCGUAAAACAGCCACGACUGUCUGAUCAGAAACCUACGACCAAGGAGAAAGGUGCCAGUACUUUCCAAACUGUCCCGGCAAACGCCUCCGAGAAGAUUAUACAGCCAACCCCAAUAAUAAAGGGUGAAAACAGCCAAGCCGCCUGUGUGAAGAACGAACCGAGUCCAUCCAAUCUUAUUGACAAAGACUUUCGCGCGGCCCCGAACUCUCCGACCUCUAGAAAAGAUCAAAAACCACUUGAAAGAUUUGGAUUCGCUCGGAAGGAAGCGCCCCUCACUAGUGGCUCUGACAACUUCACGAAGUCGCUGCCCAGCCAGCAAAACAACAAAACAAUUCCGUCGGCUGAUCAUAGCAAUCUCGCCUACAAGGCUACCUUAUUCUCGGCCUCUGAGGUCAAAAAGCAACCCCGACUAUCUAACGGUGACAUGACUUCGCAAACUGUGCAGGGAAACGCCCCCAAGGAGACUGUACAGCCGCCCCCAGCGAUCAAAAGUGAAAGCAGCCGACCCGAUCCUCCGAUAAAAGAUGAGACUUCGACGAAGCCCUGUGUGACCGAACGAAAGAGCGAAUCGCCUUCAUCGAAUCCUGAUGAUAAAGACGCCGACAUGGUUCUCUCCUUCUCAGCCUCUAGAGCACAGCACAAACCAGAUGGAAGUUCUAGAUGCGCUAAGAAGGAAAGCAGUGGUUCUGAAAACCUCAUGAAGCCCCUUGCCAGUCACAAAAAAGACGAAAAGAUUCCGACUGCUGAUCGUGGCAAACCUGCCUCCAAGGCUCCCCUAGCCUUGGCCUGUGAGGCAAGCAAGCAACCCCGACUGGCUAAUCACGGUCUUGACAAGAACAACGGUCAUGGCGCUUCGCAAACUGUCCCGGCAGACGCCCCCAAGAAGACUGUUCAGCCGGCCCCAGUAAUCAAAAAUGAAGACGACCAACCCGAUCCCCCGGUGAAAGAUAAGACGUCCACGAAGCCCUGUGUGGCUGAACGACAGAGCGAACCGCCUGCAUCGAAUCGUGUUGCCAAUGACGCCGGCAAGGUUCCCUCCUCUUCAACUGCGGGACCGCCGCACCAACCAGCUGGAAGUCCUGGACACGCAGAGAGGGAGGAGAGACCAGCUAUCAACAACGCGCCAGAGAGAGAAAUACCGCGCCAGGAAGAAGACAAUCCGAGAUCCCCGAAUCCAACCAUUCGUGCUAUAACUACGAUGGCCCCGAUGUUUGUCAACCAAGUCAGCCCUCUAGAAUACGUCCAGUUCGUUCAGGUCGUCGAAAAUCGCACCAACGCCGAAAUCUUCUUGUCCCUCGUAUCUACCACUAAUCCUAUCAUUUGUAAGACUUGGCUGCAACAAAAGUCGCGCACUUUAUAA